CUGAUCACUGCCAGAACAUCACAAUGGUCGAAUUAAAGUCACUCUGGUCUGCCCUCACCCUUCUCGCGGCACUGGCCCUCGCUGCUCCUCCUGAGGAAAGCGUCUUUGGCCGAGCUAUUGGGGACAGGUGCACGGGCACUGAAGGCGCCGGCACAUGCCAGACGACGUCCAACUGUCGAGGCAUCUCAUAUCCGCAGCCGUUCUGCCCCAAUGAUCCGGAUGAUGUCCAGUGCUGCGUCGAGAUUCCCUGCAAGGUCGGUGACAAGUCGGGCUUCUGCCGCAGCGUCGCCUACAACGGCUGUCCCGACGGAACCUUCGACCCUGGCAACUACUGCCCUGGGAGCCAGGACAUUCAGUGCUGUCUCAAGAGGACCCAAACCGGCACCGUCGGUGAACGAAUGCUGACCAAAGCGAUGGAGGCAGCUGGUUUGCCAUAUACCUGGAAUGGCGGUUCCUGCAGCGGACCGACCCGCGGUGAUGACGGUGAGCUCGGCUUCGACUGCUCCGGUCUCGUUUCGUGGGCCCUCUGCCAAGUCACCGGCCGCAACCUCUUCGCGACGACACAGAACCUGCGUAACACGCAUAAUAUGUAUUGCGCUUCCCAAGCAACGCUGGGGUAUGCAAAGUACCCGUAUUCGCAGCGCAAGAAGGGAGACGCCGUCUUCUUUGGAAACGCUUGUGACUGCGCGGUCUGGAAUUCGAUUCACCACGUGGGUCUUAUCACGACGGACGGCGGGGACACGUUGUGGAAUGCUCCGAAUGAUCGGAUCAACAAGGUAAUGGCCAUGAAGAUCUCUGACUUCAACGAGACUCCCUGCCCAUAUGUUGUUAGGUUUACUUGAGAUGCACCGGCGGGGUCCACUCUGAGAAGCCAUCAAUUCUUUCGUAGCUGUGGCCACUCUAUAAUUAACCACUGACGUUACCAACUGAUAAAUUUCAAAUAUGGGGUCGAGUCUG